AUGAAAAUAGGUGCAUUCACUCCUACAUGCUCUGAGCAACAUGUCCCCGAAUUCUUGGCCAAGUACGACGAGCUUAAAAAGCAUGGUAUCGACAAAGUCAUAUGUGUGUCUGGAAAUGACGGGUUCGUUAUGAAUGCAUUUGCCAAGGUUAGCGGAAGCAAUGGCAAGGUGCUCAUGGUGAGCGCAAGUGACUCGGGAUUCUUUGAGGCUCUUGACUUGACUAUUGGAGAACCCAAACUCGGAUCCCUUCUCCGUCCCAAGCGUUUUGCUCUUUUGGUAGAUGAUCUAGUCGUCAAAUAUGUGGGUGUCGAGAACGGCCCAGGUAUUGAAGCAUCCGGACCUGCCUCUAUUCUUUCCCGACUUUAA